CUGGCUUCCAAAUCUUCUAGAAGGAUUUCUGACAAUGCAUUGGGACCUUUGGCAGCCUGUAAACCUUCUGGAGGCUCGAUCACUGGCUUCCAACGCCUCUCACCACCAACCACUCCCUCACGCAGAACGGACGACACCUACCAUUCAAUCAACUUCCCACAACCAAACACCGUUCGUGCAGUCUCCAGGCUAGCAAAAAGCCAUAUCCGCGCCUCUAAGGAGAUUGGUGUCGCUGAGCUCCUUCAAAGCAGCUCGCUUGCAGCCAAGCCGGCCGGCACGAGGCUUUACUUCCGCUUCCAAGGACGCGCUUCUCCCCUUCCCUGUCGAACGUUCGCUACCUCCAACAGCCCCGAUAUCGCCUAUCUCGACACCAGCAUCAUCAAGUCGGCGCGGAAGAACAGUCUUAGGGGCUCGGACAAGACGCGCUGGAGCAAGCCGACUGUGGCUCUCUACCAUCUCCGCCUCGCCAGCAUAACGCCGUCAGAACCGUAUCACGACCCAUACAUUGCCUCGUUGCUCAUCGCCAUGGCCCAGGAGAUGCACCGAGCGAAUCGUUCACCCAACCGGUGCCUCCUCCAACCCCCACGAACCUAUCGAGUCCACGUUCUCCUUGGCAACGUCGACGACAAGUCCACCCUCCACAUCUUCACGACCAACGUCUCCGAAAACUUCCUUGGCAAGCUCGACUGCACCCGCACCUCUCCAAGCGGACCCGCUGCGCUGGCUAUACAAGUUCAGCCCAUUUCGUACGCUCCUUACGCGUCGUUCCAGCAGCGACUGGUGCACGCCAUGUUCCCUGGUGGUCAGAAGCGGGCCAGGCCGGUUGAUGAUGAUGGUGGCACAUAA